AUGCAUCCCGAAGUACACUCUUUGAAAAUAUGCAUCUUGGGUGCCGGCAUGGGCGGUUUGACCACUGCCCUAGCGCUUGCACGCGCCGGGUUUUCGGAGAUCACAGUGUUCGAGAUGGCUUCCAAUCUUGGAUUUGUGGGUGCAGGCAUUCAGAUGGCGCCGAACAUGGCUCGAAUCCUUGAUCGCUUAGGGGUCUGGGAGGCCAUUGCAAAGGAGGGAGUUGUCUUAAACGAAACCAGUAUCCGGCAAGGCUCUACAGAUGGUGAGCUGGGUCACGUCGAUCUGAAAUAUAUUCGAGAGACCUACGGCUAUCCGCACAUGGUCGGACACCGAGCCACGCUGGCGGGAGAAUUGUACAACGGCUGCUUGCGAGAGUCGAAGAGCAUCGAGUUCAAAUUCGCAACGACAUGCGAAAAUAUCAAGUUCGGCCCCCGGCCGAGUUUCACCGCCAUUCCGAGGAAAGACGGCGAACCAUAUCAAGUUGAAUGCGAUAUCCUCCUUGGUGCGGAUGGUGUUAAAUCAAGCACACGAAUCGCGAUGCUCGAAGCGCUGAAUGUGGUUGCGAACGUCCAAGACACAAACCAAGCAGCGUACCGGAUAAUGCUGUCUCGAGAGCAAAUGUCUACAGACCCGGAACUUUUGGCACUGAUUGAUGCCGAUAAAGUUAUACGUUGGAUUGGCGAGAAAAGGCAUUUGAUUGCUUACCCGGUCUCCAAUAAGCAGAUCUACAAUAUUUCGACAACUCAACCAGACGUGAAUUUCGCAGCAGCUCCUUCGGCCACUUACACAACAAAAGGAUCGAAGAAAGCAAUGUUGGAUGUCUAUGCAGAUUUCUGUCCCAUGAUUCAUAGGAUGCUCGAGCUUGUUCCUGAGGGCGAAGUAUGCGAAUGGAAGUUGAGAGUUCACGAACCAUUGCCCACGUGGGUCCACGGAUCUGUUGCCCUCGUGGGAGACGCAUGCCAUCCAACACUCCCACAUUUGGCUCAAGGAGCGGCACAGGCUAUCGAAGACGCAGCCGUGCUGGGUGUGGUACUAUCUCAUCUUCCCAGCACCGUUACUCCAGCCGACAUCAACAAAUCACUCAAUCAGUACGAAAAAGUACGGAAGGAGCGGGCAGAGACCCUUGUGGAACUCGCGGCCGCAUCCGGAAGAGGACUACACCUGGGAGAAGGCAAGGCUAAGGAGGAGCGAGAUAAACAAUUCGCGGCGCUGAAGGCAGGUAAAGGGCCAGUGCCAGACAAAUGGGCUGAUGCCGACGUGCAGAGAAAGAUUUACGGUCAUGACUGUGUUCAGGUGGCGGAAGAGCUAGUCAAGGCUGAAUUAAAUGGUGCUUAA